CACUCUACUGUUUGUGUCUGACAAAUCCAAUAUGGCUACAUCUGCAGUUUCCCGUGAGCUUUUCAAGGAGGGAGUGAGAGUUGUUCUUCACACUUGGCCUGUCCUACAGAUCGCUGUGGAUAACGGGUUUGGUGGCGUGUAUGGGCAGCAGAAAGCUGACUGGAUGGUGGAUGUUGUUCAGCAGUAUUUCCAUGACAACACUGACCUGCAGCAGUGUGAAGUCGAGGACUUCAUUGCUGAACUGAUGGAUCAGGAGUUUGACACAGUGGUGGAAGAUGGGAGUUUACCUCAGGUGUCUGUCAGUCUCCUGCAGGUGUUCAGUCAGUGGCAAGAGGGGGCACUGCAGCAGCUCCAACACACCAUCAACACUCUGACACAGAAGAGCCAGAGGGCGGCGGUCGUUGCUCCGCUCACACAGUCUGAUGAAGACAGCAAUGAUGAAACGCAGAAGAUGGAAUGUGAAGCAUCCUGUCCAUCAGCCAACAGGACAGAUCCUCCACCUCAUGAUGAAGAGGAUGGGUGGACGGUGGUGAAGAAGAAGAAGUGA